GGCGGCUUGGGCUUGAUCACCUACGCCGUGCAUCUAUGUAGCUCGAUGCACUGUACGUGAAGAAAUCUGUCCAACCGCGCAAUGCAAUCUUACCCGGGUAUAGUCUAUGGUUGCUCAGUCUCGUUUUAUUAUUAGCUGAGCGCGUCGUCUCCGCCCCGCCAUCGACAACCUGCUUCCAGGCGGAGCUUGAAGCUGUCAUCACUGCGAUGCCUAACUUUCCAUGGACCAAGUCGAAUCGGUCGCACCAAUCUGUCGACAUUUCUUCGUCAGGGCAGCACUCGCCCGUACCUCCUGUGAACGAGCAGGUCGCCGCGCAGCGAUACCAUACUUCAGACAGCCAGCAGGCGCCUGUACAGACUCAGCAGCCUUCUGUGCAACAACAGCAGGUCUCGGCUGGCGCGCCUCCACAGGGUCAGUAUAGGGAACAGUUUCCUCAGCGCACGACGAGUCACAGGUUGAGUGCCCAUCUCCCUCUGGGUCAGUCGUCGCCGUCGCAGGUUUACCAGCAACAACCCGGCCCUGCGCCAGCGUCUGGUGCUGAGUCGCCUCAUCGCGUCCCCUAUCAGCCCCAGUCCCAGCCUUCGCCUUCUGCAUACGCGCCAGAAGCCAAGAAACCAUCGCUGCGCAGUCGCAUUGCAGCCGGAGUCAAAGGGCACAAGGACCAAGAAGCCAAAGCACAGAAGAACGGCCUGGGCAGGCGACAGUCCGUCCGGAAGAGCGAUCCCCGCGCGCAGGAGUAUCAAGCGCAGGAAGAGAGCCGUGUGCAGCAGUGGCAUCAGCACCAAGGGUCGACUUCUCAUCUGCCCGCCUCGAACGAGCAGGACGAAGACAAUCUCGAUCCAUUCCUGCAGAAGGACGAGACGCCCCAGGUGCCGCCCAAAGAUCAUCAGUACCAACAAAACCUGCCGCAGCCUCAGCAGUUUGCUCCGCCGCCGCGUCAGGAACAGCAGCAGUACAAUCGGCCCCCACUUGACAGGGUAAGCACGGAGGGAAGCUAUUCGACCCAAGGCGGGGUAGAUCAAUACAGCCCCGAGCAACACCAAGGCCAGGGUCUCCAGCAGCCACGGCACCAGCAACAACAAUACCAGAGCUACCAGCCAGCUGUUCAGCACCCCCAGGCUUCGAGCGACUACCAGGCCUUCAACCCACAAACCGUGCCAAGCCCUCUGCUCCAGAACGCUCAGCUGCACGGGCAGGGUGGCCCAGUCCCACAAGACAUCCAGCAAACUUACUAUCUGUACCAACAGCAGCAAGCUAAACUCCAGGCCCAGGGCCACUCGCCGCUAGACAAGCCGCAGCAAAGCACACUUUAUCCGCAGCAGCAGUUUGCGCCCCAGCUCCAGCCGCAUCAAGACUCGCAGCAACAGCCUCAACCUGGCCGGCCAGCCUCGCAGCACCAGACUGACCUGCAGCCCCCACAGGCGUCUCGUCAGCAUCCUCACACCACGCAAGAGGCCCAGACACUCGAAUCGCAGCGCCGACCCCCCUCGUCCCACCAGCUGGCCCCGCCGUCUCCCCUCCAGCCGCCGUCCUACCAGACCUACGACGCGCAGCACCCCCAAUCGUCCGAUCUACUACCGACCAACAUAACACCCCCACAAGCGUACGACAACAUGGCGCCUAGUGCUCAGAGCAAUGCUAGGAACACCAUCAGGAAAGCGAACGACGGCAGCCAGCCACAGCCCGGCGCGCCGUCGCGAGAGUCGUCCAUGCUUUCACAGCCGCCCGCUCAAGCUUCGCAAGGGCAGCCAUACCGCGGUGAGAAGCAACCCCAGCAGGUUUCAGAGAUGGGACGGGCAACGCCACCGCCGAGGACAUCUGUCGCCGACAUGUCAGAGGAGGAAAUCGAGAAGCUACAAAAAGAGCAUGACGUUUUGCGUGAAAAGUACCAGAAGGUAAAGCGAUACUUUUUCGAGCAGCAAUCGCAGGUCCAUCAGCUACAAAACACCCUCGCAAACCAGCGCUUGUCCCUGUCUCGUACGUCCUGGGAUGACAGCGAAUAUGCCACACGCUUCAAUCGAUUAGACGGGUUGAUAGCACAGCUGUCCUUCUCAAUCCGCAAAGACUGGAAGACAAUACCUCAGUGGCUACAUAAGGUGGUCAACAAAACAGCCGUCGAGACAGGCAAGCAAGAGAUGACGGCUGUUGGCCGCGCUGUCAUCUCGCAGUGGCUAGUGGAGAACAUAUUUGAAAAGUACUUCCAUCCAGACCUCGAGCCGGGCUUUUCGACGCAACUGCAGUCAAUUGUCUCCAACAUCCGCAAGUUCUCGCCGCCUUGUCAUAGCGCCGAGGAUGAAGACACGCUCGCUGCGAAGAUUAUCAACUGGCGGUUGGCCACGUUGGAGGGCCUCGCGGAUACUUUGAGGGCACCACAGGCGACAACCAAUCGCGAGUCGCUCACUGAAACACUCAACGAGAAACUCAUUGCGUUUCUGCAAAUGCAUUUAAACGACCCUGCGCCUCCAGAUCUCAAUGGAGGUGUGCCCAUGAUCAUCGAGCUCGCCAUCGGCAUUGCACAACAUUUGCCCCUUGAAAGCCGCGAAGUACAUAUCGAGUACUUUUAUCCUGAUCAUAGCAUCGUUCCCGAUUUCAUGAAGAUCGAGUCCGGCAUCCCCGCGCUGACAGCACCUAUCGUGGAGCGGGACGAUGCCGACAGAGCCUCGAUCAGAAGCAUGGCUUCUAGACCUGACGACAACAUGUCGUUAGCCGAACAAGAGCAAGCACAACUACAGGGGAGCCAGCCUCCAAGAGAAGACAAGAAGCGCGGCAUGUUUGGCUUUGGUGGGUCAAAGAAGCCGACAGCUUCUCCUGCUACUCUGGGCAAGCGGGAAUCGUCGCUCGGCCAAGGGGGCAGCCAGCAAAGUCUUACGCAACAUCCGCCGGGUAGCUCUGGUGGACCAAAAGACGAAGCCCCGCCACCACGUGUGCGCAUGGCCGCUGGUGUCUUUGUACAGAUUCGUGGCAAGAGCAUCUUGAUCAAGGCACCAGUGUACCAGACGUGAGCGACCCUGAUGCGACCCUGAUAAUGAAGAUGGAUGAUUUGGAUUGAGCGAUCUAGCAAGCAAGCGUUUGGUUUAUUCCCUUUUCCACUUCUAUACAGUACGAUUGGGUUUGAGAUUGGAUCUACUGCAUCUAAAGUAUACCCAGGACGAUUGAUGGCGUGUUAUGGAGCGUUUCUUGGUCGACUUGCAGUGCAUACCGAUACCCUCGUUGCUGUUACGGUUAUGAUUGGAAUAAGAACAGAUCCUCUUGCAUUAUGAAAGAGGUCGCCUUUUCUGAGCGGCUUCGUGCGACUGAACAUGUGAGAUUUCGCCCGUCGACUACCCGCAGCACUGGUUCAAAGACCGAAACCACGCUAAUUGCGGCGUCUUUGGGCUCCCAUUGGCCAA